CCAAGUAUCAAACCAAAACAAAACCCUUCUUAACUCUUCUUCUGCCUUUCCCUUAACCAUGUAUCUCCCCCGCCGCAUCCUCACCGGACUCUCCCCGCACCGCCGCCACUUCUCCCACUCCGCCGCCCUCCUCCUCCACCCCCCGGAGCCGGAGCAUACCUACCUUGACGGCUUUCCCCGGCCGGAUCCCAAGUACGACGAGACGAUCCUCGCCGUCCCCCGCGCCGACUCCGGCAAAAACAUCUCGGCGAAGGAGCGCCGCGCCGGCCGCGUGCCGAGCAUCGUGUUCGAGCAGGAGGACGGCCAGCACGGCGGCAACAAGCGCCUCAUCUCCGUCCGCACCGACCAGAUCAGGAAGCUCGUCAGCCACCUCGGCCGCUCCUUCUUCCUCUCCCGCCUCUUCCACCUCGAAGUACGCCCGCAGUUCGACUCCGACGACGUCGUCGAGAGCGUUCGCGUUUUGCCGCGCAAGGUUCAUUUGAAAGCUGGUUCGGACGCGCCGUUGAAUGUGACGUUUAUUAGGGCUCCGUCGCAUGCUUUGUUGAAAGUCGAGGUUCCUCUCGUCUUCAGAGGAGAAGAUGUGUCGCCUGGACUCAAGAAAGGUGCUGCUUUGAAUACCAUCAAAAGGACUGUCAAGUACUUAUGCCCUGCUGACAUUAUUCCCCCGUAUAUUGAUGUGGAUUUAAGUGAGUUGGACGUCGGCCAGAAGUUAGUCAUGGGAGAUCUCAAUGUUCAUCCUGCUUUAAAACUACUUCAGUCAAAAGACGAAGCUGUUUGUAAAAUUAUGGGCCAAAGAGUUUCUGAAAUACAAAAGAAAUCUAAGUAACUGCUUUUUGUAUCAUUGGGGGUUAUUGGUGCUGCACUGAGGCAUUUGAUAGCUAACAUGUAUCACUCAAGGUCAUUUUAUUAGUUGAUUCUUGGAAGCAGUGAGGACAGGGUUCUAGAAUUCCAAUGUUAGGCUUUUGUUAGCUUCCUUUGCUGUGUUCAUUCAGUUCCUUCCCAUCUUUCUUCAAUUAUUUGUUUCCGCCGUUUCUUUUGGCAAAAACGAAAUACCUAGGGGAUGCGAAUAGGAAGUUGAUGCGUCGAGUUUUUGUAUGCAAUUUCGAUUGUUCUGUUUUGGGUUAUAUUGCGUACAAGCAGAGAGGGUUACUACCACUGAUGUCCUCGUGUCCUUAAUAAAAUACUUAAGUCCACCUGUCUAGAACUCCAGUUUGGAUUUAAGAUAUCUGACAGGGUAUUUAUAAACUUAUUUACAUUUAGUCGA